CUCUCAAGAGAAGACAUCCACGCACUGUUCGUCGGAGCGCCGUAUUUCCUCCUCGACGAAGGCUCGUUUGGUCUCUGGCAACCGCAGGUUAUCUUUCCCUGGUGCGAUCACGAUCUUUUAAUCCAGAAAUUCUGGGACCGACGACCGCUUUCGCACUCCUCCUUCAGUCUAUCUACAUUGCAUGCUCACCUGUCGGUACCCGAUGGCUAUGUGGUCAAAGGCGACACCCCAGCUCCUCUGCAGGGGUUACAACAUACGGGCGGACCCAGACGGCCGACGUUUGACAUAAGCGUAUACGAGGUACCCAAUAUGCUGUGUUCAACGGCAAAAGAGCCCGGAUCGUACGGGUUCCGCCAUUUCCUGGAACUCCCCGUCGCAGACCAGGUUCGGUAUACAGGGCCAGAGAUUCCCAGGCCACGUCCUGGACUGCGGAGACCCUCCAUGAUGACCUCAUCCAUGGAGGCAUCCGACUCUAUCGAGCACCAUUCCAACGAUCCAUAUGCACAGUGUCUGGACGGGACGGUACACGACCGCAAAGCGAUGCUCCUCGACGGACCAUCGACAUGGAAGCGCAUCGGCGUGCGGGACCCAAAUAUGGAGAAACUGAUCGAGCGUCUCGGGACGCUGCAGGAGAUCCGCCACGAUAUGUUACAUGCGGAGGUGGAUAAAACAAUAUUGGAUAUGGAGACAUUGGAGAUCUUGCAUCGAGAUUUGUACUCGAAGUUCCUGCUUCCUCCGCCCCGGUCGAUUAUGGAAGAGGAUGAUCCGCAUAGCCUCAAGUCGCAGAUUCGAAUGCUUACUACUGCCCUGGCGGCGCCGGGGGCGUGGAUUAACUUUAGCCUGGAGGAGUGGCGUCUGCACGCUGGUCAGAUUCUCUGGGAGAUGCCGCCUCAUCGGGAAGGAGACUGUCUCGACCUGGAGGAAUGCGAGGACGCGCAGAAGCGGCCAUGGGCCAAUCCUGGUCUUGAGCGAAAGUGGCUGCUCAUCCAGAUGCUCUUGGCCAGCGAAUUGCUUAUUCGACUUGACGCUGUUUCUCGCGCCGGGGUAUUGAGGGAUCCCGAAGAGAAUAUCAGCGCGAUUGAUAUACACGAAUUUGACAAGCUUCGCGACGGAAAGGUAAACUGGGACUUGAUUGUUGUUCGGCGAUUUCUCGACAGCUUUGGGAUAAGCCGUUGCGAUAACCAAACGUCAACUCAUAGCGAAGAAGGUCUGCAUGGAAGACGUCGGUCUCUAAGAGAUGCUUUCACCGUUCAUCGUCGGUCGUCAGUCCAUAGUGCCUCAGAAGCCGAGUCGGCCUGGGAAUGCAAACUGACACCGUUCCAUAUCGAGCAGCAGCUACAGGGGUUAUUCGUGUUUGCAGAGAACAUCGGCUGGCCUCGACUAGAUGUGCUGAAACAGCUUCCGUUCAAGGUCAACGAAGAAGUAUACAGCCGUCCAGUAUGCAGCGCAGCAACAGCCACUCUAGGCAAGGAUGAGAUGUACAGUCGCAAUCCUUCUCGGCGCCAGAUCCUCCUUCAUAACAUCGACAGCCAGGACAGCAGCGACCCGAAAGACAACGUCGGCUGGAUAACCCGCAGCUGGCUUUCAGGCUUCGUACCGCCCGGAGAAAGCAUCAGUCACCUCCUUCUCGCCACAGUCCUGGAGAAUGAUCCAGAGGCAUUGUCCACACUCGGUCCCGUGGCCAAUCUCUAUGGCGGAUUCUCGUAUAACGGACGCAGUUGGUGGAGUAAGCAAUGUAUCGUCGGGCGCGUACUGGCCAGUCUACCAGAGACCAUGGAGUGUAUGGAAUGGAUUAGAAGCGAGAUCCUGCCUGUUGACCGGUCGACAUCACAGCCAUUAAGCGGGAGAUGGUUCGAGGCGAGAACCAAGGAAUUGCCACCGACGAACAAGAAGCCGCGAAUCCAGCAAGGGAAUAAGAUCUCACAUUUCUCGACGCCACUGGGGGAUGGUGAUGUUUCGCGCGAGGCGUUUUCGUUACCGGUCGACCGUCCGCGGGAAGAGCUGGUAUCUUUUGACCUGGACAUGCUGUCGUUCAUUAGCGAAUCCGAAUCCGAACCAAACGAUGCAGGCGUAGGCACGCCAGCCAUCUCAUUCAAUAUACAGUCCAACUCACCCGACUGUCAAUCGACAAAAGAAUCAAUAUCCCUAACAAACAACGUCCACUUCAUCACCUCCUACAACUGUCGCCCCCCGGCCGGAAAGGCCUCUAACAGCGACAACGAGCACGAACCGUCCCACCUUCCUGGCCACCCCCUCCACGCCUCCUUCGAAUACGUCCUUGUCCCCACCAGCGCCCUCAUCGGCGCCACCUCACUACACAAAGUCGUGCCCGGCGGCGAGAUCCUCGUGAUAGACGCACGGGGAAGCCCGACGCAGGAAACAUUCGCACGCGCCUGGUGCGCGUCGACAGGGAGCAAUGCGGUUAUUGGUCGCGUGGGGAGAACGUGUCUGGCUUGUUGUAUCCGGGAGACGAGGGCGGUGGAUGUUAGUGUUGUUAUUCGCGUGAGUGAUGGGAUU